UUAUCGAAGAAUCGUCUACAAGAAUUACCAAGUGAAAUCUGUGAUUACCAUUCUAUAGAGAGAAUCAAUUGUUAUGGUAACUGUAUCAAAUCCAUUCCACCAGCAAUAUCACAUUUACAACAACUUACUUAUCUAGAUCUUAGUCGUAAUCAGUUAACAGUGCUACCAGCGUAUAUUGGUAACCUUCAGUCUUUAGAAGUCUUAAUAGCUGCCAACAAUAAACUAGUCUCCCUACCUGAAGAACUCGGAAUGCUCGAGAAACUUCACGAAAUUGAUGUAAGCUGUAAUGAAAUCUCUCAUCUCCCGCUACAAAUUGGUGAUCUCACUUCUUUACGUAGUUUUAAUAUUCGUAGAAAUUUACUGGUAGAACUACCAUUAGAAAUAAGUCGAUUAAACUUACGCAAGAUUGACUUUUCUAACAACAGAAUUGAGAAAAUUCCAACAGUUUUUCGUAAAAUAGAUACAUUAGAAGAGAUUAUACUAAAUAAUAAUCCUUUAAUAUCACCUACAGCUCACAUAUGUACGAAGGGGAGAAAACACAUAAUGAAAUAUCUCCAUAUAGAAGCCAUAAAGGAGGAACGAAAGCGAGGUAUUUUACACGAAUCAGAGAUGAAACGAUUGGCUCGUAAAUCAUUGCCUCCUCAACAGUAA